UCUGGUUACCGGUAGGGCUUUCCUUCUACAGUGCAGCUUGCUUGCUACUCUCUCUCUCUCUCUGUCUCUCUCUCUCGUUGUUGUCGACCCUAUUCUCCACCUUGCCCCCCCUGUUUGAUUGGGUGAUCUCUCUCCGGUCGUUGUCGUCAUCGCCGUCGCCAUCAGAGGGAGAGGGCGCGAAAUGCGGAUCGCUUUCUCGGUCAGAUCACCGCACGCUCGCGGCCAAGGCUUUGCGUGUGGAGUUUUGCACGUAUUGUUUUCUGGGCCAGCAGCUACACUGACUUCCACGGCCUUCUCCCAGCAUGCAGAAUAUCCGCCGGGGCUAUGCCAGCGCUUAGGGGAAGUUGCUGCUGCUUAUGGGGAUGGCGGCUUACCUUCUUCGUCCCCCCCUUCUCUUUCGUCCUCCCACUCCCGCUCUUCCUCCGCCUCCUGCUCCUCCACCUCCCCCACUUUCAAGUUUCCUAAAGCAUCGCAGAAGCAUUACGGAAACACGGGCUUGUCCCUGCCACCGUCUUCUGGAUGGCGGUGGCAAAAGCGCAAGGGCUUGUCAAAGCUCUGUGUUGCGUGCAAGAGGAGCAGUGAAUAUGACAGCCAUCAUCAUGCUCGCGGAGGAUCAGUGUCCAUGAACCAAGAUAUUGUGCUGUGCAAUGGAAUCGGGUUUCAGGGCAGCACAAGUUCGGCGCUUGUGCAGAAUGAGCGAGUGACACAUGGCAAGGAUGCGCUGGACAUCAGAUUGAGCAAUUUCUGGGAGGCAAUGGAGAGUGGCCUUAAAGAGCGGGUUGCAGGAGCUGCUGCUGCUGACAUUGCUGAGAAUGCGCACCAGUGCGAUGGCAGUUUGUGCAGUUCUUCUUCAUCGGUUUGCCGUGAUCGUGAGGGAGAAGAGGCUAGGCAUGUCCUCUUGGCGGUGGAUUGGACAGCAGUGCUAAGGAAUGCUGGGGGAGUUGCGGUUGCACUGCUCUUUGCAGGUGGUUGUUUCCUGUUUACCCCUCAGAAGUCUCUGGCUUUAGCUCGCAGUCGGGGCAGAGGUCAUGGUCAUCGCCCGACCUCGGGAGAGACCGCUAUGGUUGUGAUGGCAGGGACCGGUCUGAAUGCGGAAGGAAGACGGGGGAUUCAACUUGUGAGCAGAAAGAAGGCGGAGAUUGCCAACAGGUUGGAUCUUGCAGCGCUUGGGGAGAAAGCAAUUUUAAUGACGGAGCCUCUACGACAAUUGAUUGCAUUAAAGCCUGACGACAUAGGCCCGAGGCUUCUUCUUGGGCAGGCUCAGGUGAACUAUGGGGACUACCAAGGUGCAAGGAAGACAUAUGAAUCCAUUUUGGAACUGGAUCCGUACCAGCCAAUCGCACUGCAGGGAGUUGCAGCCUUGAUGACAGAACUUGGAGAAGGGAGCCUAGUACUUGACAUGCUGGAAAAGGUGGUUCAGCAAGCAGAGGAAAACAGUCGCAGUAAGGACGUAACGAACUUGAAAAUGCUUCUAGGCCAGGUGCAUACUGUUCAGGGUAACAUGGAGGCAGCAAUGCAGCUGUACAAUGAGAUCAUAGAGCAAGAUGCAAAGGACUUCAGGCCUCACCUCUCCAAGGGUCUUAUCUACAGCAUUAUGGGCCAGGUCGAUAAAGCGGAUAAAGCUUUCAGGAAAUUCAGAGAGCUUUGUCCUGAGGAUUUCCCACACCGGAAGGUCAUGAUGGAACUCAUCCAGCGAGCGAAAAGGGAGGCGGAAAGUGUGGAGUCUUCAUCUGGCGGCAAAUGGGCUUCCGCUAAGGAUGCCAAGUAGAGAGAGGUGUGGACAAAAGAAUGUGGCCGUACUCGUUCUCGAUGAUGAUGGGGAGCAGUGAGUACCUCAGUCAUUUGUAUUCGAACUUGCAUCCCUGAGCAGUUCUAUGUGUAUUCCGAUUUACAUUGUUUGAGCAAUUCCAUGCGUGAUAUUGCGUAGGCGUAAUGUCUGCGGCGGCGAGGUCUCCUCAUGCUAUCAGCAGUGGUGGCCGGCCCUGUUGCACAUUUGGUGGACGGUAAAAGAGGAGGGGAGGAGCGGUUAUCGCGGAGUGGGAGGUUUGGAUCGCUCUGUGAAUCUUUUCGAUCGGUGUAGGUUUUGCAAGCAGCUUGGGGAUGUGUCACACCCGUGGGUGCAUAAUAGACAUGUUGACGACGGAAUUGGGCGCAGUGGUUUGUGGGAACUGUAGGGCGGACGAUCCUGUCCGUCUGUGCAAAAUGUCAUCCUAUGCGGGAAGAUUCUUUUAGCUGCGUGUAUGGUGGGAGGGUGCCUGGCGGUGGAUCUGACCACGGGAGCGUAAAUCAGUUGGAACACUUAACCUAGCGCAGCAACUCUGAAGAUGCAGGUCUUGAGAGCGGGUGCGUCGACCGUAGCAGCCGCCUAGCAAUGGGUCGCCUUGCAAAUCGAACCCUGUCUGCCGAGGGCUGUGAUGUGAUUUCGUCACAUGCGGCUCCACUGUUGGGCAGGCAUAUCAUCACACAGUGGAGGGUGGGUGGCUCACAGUGACAUUGACAGUAGCAGCCCAGCGAUGGGCCGCCUCAAAAAUCAAACCCUGUCCAUCCAGGGCUGUGAAUUCUGCACAUGCUCAUCCACCGUUGGGAAGGCAUAUUACGGUGGCAGCGGCAACAGCAGCAUCUAGCUACACCAGUGGAUGCAGGUCCAUUGCUGUAGCAGCUUUAGGAGAAGCUAAGGUGAUGAUGGUUGGGAAGCUCGUCCGUAGAGCACGGUGCCAGUCUGCGGAUGAGCAACAUGCAUGCGCGUUGUUGAAUAGUUUUGGCCCGGAGAUAUAUCCGCUACUGAUGAUGAUGUCCACAUUUUUUCAAUCUUACGUGGAGGCCCACUUUUUUUCCACCUUGCGGGGGAUCUGAAGUCGUCUAACAUGCGCAGAGAUGGGGCCUCGUUCCACUACUCGGCAUUCUGAAUGCAUUUGUCUUCUUCUGGUUCUCGAUCUUGUCGAUUCAGCCGACCAGCAAUUGUGUUCUGCAGUCUUUUGUUUUGUCGGUUUGAAGUUCCAAACUACCUACCGUCUUCACCCGAAUAGAACGCCCGGUCAUUUAAAAAAAAAAAAGCGCGCCCGGUCAUUAUAGCUGUAUUUGAGGCAACAUUCAGUCUAGAUACAGUGAUAAGACCGGCCGGGUGUUCUAUUCGCGCGAAGACGGUAGUCGCUGGGAGAAGGACUGCGAGGAAAUACUGCUGCUGCUGCUGCUGCACAGGAAGAAAGGCGUUCUAUUCGGCCUUUGCGUGUGUACUUUUUAUGUGACAUGGACAAAAGUUAACAACUGGAUUCAGAUUCUUACCCUUUUCAGUGUUUUCACCUGAAUCAAACAUACACCGGGGGGUCAUUAUCGCUGUAUCUAGUCGGGAAGUUGUGCCGAAUACAGGUGUAUUGACCGGGUGUUAUAUUCGGGUUAAGACGGUAGUUGCAAGGAGGAGUAAUACUGGAGCAGCAGCUUGCAAGGGGGAUCAUGCCCGUUAGAUGACGAAACGGAACGGAGGGGUGCAGUUGCCGGCAGCGGGUGCGUAAUUCACUUGUUAUGAGUGAGUAGGGGGAGGAUGAGGGUUGCGAUAGCCAAAGUUUUACGGAUGUCGAGUUGGAAGUUGGAACGGAAUCUAGUGGUGGCCGUGCGUGAUGCCUGGUCAUUAUCACUGUAUCUAGUCUGGAAGUUGCACGAAAUACAGGUAUGUAUGAUGACUGGGUCUUAUAUUCGCGGGUUAAACCACAAGUGUACACAGCGCCAGCCUUGCAGUCCGAAACUUGUCGCCACAAGAAAAUGAAGCUGAAAUGUCAAACGUGGGGCCCGCCAUUGAUGAAUUCGAUCGGCGGUCGCAUUUUCGUCUCGUGCCUCCAGAAUUUCAGGCGUCACGCCCGCGGCCCAGGUGGCCAUGUACUGAUGCUGCUUUAAGACGUUAGAUGCUAGUAAGGAGUAAUGCUGGAGCAGCAGCUUGCUUGGGGAUCACGCUCUUCCGAUGACAGAACAGAACGGAGGGGUGCGGUUGCCGGAAGUGGGUGCGUAAUUCACUUAUUUCGAGUGAGUGGGGGGAGCGAUGAGAGUUGUGAUAGCCAAAGGUUCCCGGAUGUCGAGCUAGCGGUGGCGGUGACGGUGACGGUGGCGGUGACAGUGAUGGUGGUCGUUGUAGGAAUAGCGGUAGUCGUGGUAGUACAAGGGAGUAGCAGUUUUGGUGAUUUUGCCUGAUGGCUAGAGCCUAGAAGCAGGAACAACCUGCAGCAGAGAUUGUCACGGGCUGUUUUGAAAUUUUGAGUGAACAGUGCAGGUCAUGACUGCCAGAGGCCCGCAGCCAAGUGACAGAUCGCUUGGGCUACACUUGCUAGUGAGAGGGUCACACUCAGCUUUGUAAGAAACUGAAGCGUUGGAAUCCAUGGGUUUUGUUAAGCACCUGCUGAGCAAGAAGAGGAUGCACAGCAGGCAAAGAGAUGGGAGAGGGGGAGGUGGGUGGGAAGUAGCGAUGGGGAUGGCAAGGCGCGAAAGCGGGGAAGGAGAGGGGAGAAGGGGGAUGCAAGGAAUGAGGGCACAGCUAUGAGUUGCUGCUACGCGUGCCCGUGGCAAAAAAUGUUAAGUGCUGUGGAAUUCAACUGAGAUGAGAGAAAAAUUCAGAAAAUGUGUUUCCUAAUGGCUGUGGUCUCAUCCCAUAGAGCCAUUUUGUGAU